AUGAGUUAUAAUAAGGCUUGGAGGUCUAGGGAACAUGCCUUAAUGGUGGUGCGAGGAACUGUAGAGGAUUCCUAUGGUAAAUUGCCACCACACCUCUACAUGUUGGAGAUGAAUAAUCCGGGGAUUAAGGACCCUCGUAUAGCUGUCUAUUUGGAAGAUAUUGGGAUGGAAAGAUGGAGUCUUGCAUUUUUCCCCGGUAAACGAUACAAUGAAAUGACAAGAAAUUACGCUAAGAGCUUUAAUAGUCAGAGUAGGGAAGCUAGAAAGAAUGGUGUCAUAAUAGAAGAGAAAAAGCGGAUAAUCACACAAAACGUUUAUCUCAAUAUUAUGAAAAGUUCUUACUUGAGCAAGCUAAGAAAUUGCAGGGUAUUUGAUGUAUCUAGUCUUCCUUGUAAGCAUGCCCUAGUUGCUGCCCGUACACGAAAAUUGGAUCCCUAUGAUUUCUGCUCAAAGUAUUACUCAACUGAAAUGUGGUUGAAUGCAUAUCCAGAGACAUGUUAUCCUGUUGGUGAUGAAAAAGAAUGGGAUAUUCCAGAAAUUAUCAAAUGCGUCUAUCUAAAACCAUCUGUUAAGGUGAAGAAAGGGCGGCCGACAACAAAUCGUAGGUCAUUCCAAGGUGAGACUCGUAAGGUCCGAAGACGAUGCAGCUCAUGUGGUGGUCAGGGUCAUAAUAGGGAAACAUGCAAAUCAGUGAUGCCUGCACCAUCUACUACAAGAGUAGAAUCUCAGCAACAACAUCAACCUUCAUCUUAG